AGAGAGAGAGAGAGAGGAGCUGGAGCCAUGGGAGAAGCGAUCGCCGACGAGAGGAGCACGACGGUGGAGAUCAAGGACCUUAGCUUCACCUAUCCGGGGAUCGAUGGCCACCCACCACCGGGAUCGGCCCCACUCAUCGAUGGGUUCUCGCUCACCCUCCAUGCUGGAAAUCGUUGUCUUCUCGUCGGGUCCAAUGGUGCUGGUGAGAGCUCUUUCUCUUGCUAUUUGGUUCUCUCAUUUUUGGGAGGGAAGCACAUGGUUGGGCCGGAGAUGGUUAGGGUUCUUGGGAGGUCUGCUUUUCACGACACUGCUCUCACUUCUUCCGGCGAUCUCUCUUACCUUGGUGGCGAGUGGAGGAGAGAUGUUGCUUUUGCUGGUUUUGAGGUGUCUAUACAGAUGGAUGUCUCAGCAGAGAAAAUGAUUUACGGAGUCACUGGUGUUGACCCCCAAAGGAGAGAUGAACUAAUUAAAGUUUUAGACAUUGAUCUGUCAUGGAGAAUGCAUAAAUCAUCAGAUGGUCAGCGGAGAAGGGUACAAAUAUGUAUGGGCCUUCUUAAACCAUUUAAGGUUCUUCUUCUUGAUGAGAUUACAGUCGAUCUAGAUGUGCUGGCAAGAGCCAAUCUGUUGAAAUAUUUGUCAAAAGAUUGCGAGGAACGAGGAGCUACAAUAAUAUAUGCUACACAUAUAUUUGAUGGCCUUGAGAAUUGGCCUACUCAUAUAGUUUAUGUUGCACAUGGGAAGUUGCAGUUAGCUUUGCCUCUGGCAAAAGUGAAAGAAAUGAGUAAUUUAUCUCUGAUGAGAACAGUUGAGAGUUGGCUGAGGAAAGAAAGGGACGAAGACAGGAAGAGAAGAAAAGAGAGGAAGUUAAAGGGUCUCGAAGAAUUUGAUAGGGCAGUGGAAGGCACCCGUGUGAUCGGAGAUCCAGCGAAGAGCGCCGUGCGAGUUGUUAACAAUGGGUGGGCUGCUGGGAGGCUGCAUUCAACAGUAGCUGGAGAAGAAAAUUUCACCUUCAGUUCAAACAGAGUUCUCAGGCAAUGAUUGGUGAUUAAACAGGGUUUUUGAAAAACUUUGCUGAUUUGUGUUGUUCUUAUUAUAUUUUACUUAUUAUUAUGUAUGUAUUCAUGUGUGCAAUAAACAUAGGUGAAUCACAAAGUUAUAGUUAUUAUAAAAAAAAAAAAUAAUUACUAUUUA